CAGCAUUUUCUUCAUUUUCAUAAAAAGCAAACUUCAAUUUAGCUGCCUUCCAUUUGGCAUUGAUUGUGUUCAGAACUUUUUAAAUGGGAAAUACUACAGAUAAUUUAAGAUUUAUUUGAAAUUUUAAGUCAAUAUAAAUUUAGUUAACUUAUUGUAAUACUUUAAACUAAAUUUUAAGAUCCCAAAGGCCUAUUUUAAUCAAACAAAGACUAUCUCUUUAAACUCUUUUGAACAGCUUUAGCCUUACUCCGUUCAAGAAGAGCGCGAGCAUGAACAGUUUUAUCUUUGAUCUAUUGUGAAGCAGAGGCAACCUUGAGCAACAUCUAUUAUUAUUAUGCUUAUUUCGAAGAGCUCUCAGCCAUGUGCCUUAAAUGGUCGCAACUGCUUUCGGAAUUGGCCAACAUUUGCGUACAUAAAUUAGGUAAAAGCUAAACCGUUCAAUUGCCAUAGACUCAGUUAACUUCGAACAGCAGUCGAAGAAGUGUGUUCAACCGAAAUAGAUCUAAAUAUGUUCCAAGAAAUUUUCCGUGCCGUCGUCCGUUUGAUUUUAUUGCUAACACUUUGCCAAUGCGCCGCAGCCAUGGAUAGUGAAAUCGUCGAGGCGAGCCUAAGUGCAGCAAGUACCAACAUGCCCGAGUUGCUAACGCCGGAGUGGAGCCCCAACGACACCGUUCUUGUGAAGCCGUAUAAUAUACUGGAGGCCAGCUGCCCACCGGGCUAUAUUCUGGCUAAUAAACACUGUCAUAAACGUGUGCGAGAUGCCCCAACUAUGGAGUAAACUUAGAAAAGCUAUGAAUAUAAAUAAAUUAUAUUUGUUAUUUGUAGAAAGCUCUAAUUGGCUGUAAUGUUGAAAAGAGUGACGAGCACUUAUUUUAUGAAUUUUAAAAGUAGAUAGAUUAAAUAUAAAUAAUA